AUGUCUGCCGUUCCUGGUCCCGUUUACGGCCUUGAGGUCCCGCCUGGCGAGAUCUUGAUCCCGGCUUCCAUGGACUUCCCUGCUUCUUUCCGCAUCACCAUGGCUGCCUUGGACCCUACUGAGGAGCCCGAGGCUGAUGAGGAGGGCAACGUCCCCGCCGUUCCUCGCGCUACCCUGCGACUUGUCAAGCGCGCCUUCCCUGGGCUUGAUGACGAGGACGAGGACGACGAGAUUGAUGACGAGUACAUGAAGGCUUUGCUGGCUGCUUCUGACGAUGAUGACGAUGAGGACGAGGAGGAGGAAGCCAAUGGUGGCCCCAGCGACCCCGCCAAGGCUAAGAAGCAAAAGCAGGCUGCUGCCAUCAAGAAGCUUCUUGAGGCUACGCAGGACGAUGAGGACGAGGAUGAGGACGAGGAUAUGGAGGAUGCCAAGCCCAAUGGUGUUAAGAGCAAGGCCAAGGGCAAAGGCAAGGCCAAGGCUGUUGAGGAGGAUGACGAAGACGAGGAAGAUGAUGAGGAGGAAGAUGAUGAGGAUGAUGAUGACAGUGACGACGGUGCUGACCUCGAGAACUUCGUGGUUUGCACUCUUGACACUGAGCGAAACUACCAGCAGCCCCUUGACAUCACUGUCAAUCACGGCGAAAAGGUCUUCUUUGUCGUCACUGGUACUCACACUGUUUACCUCACUGGCAACUACAUCAUGGACGACGAGGACGACUACGACAGCGAGGAUGACGAGGAGGACUACGACUUUGACCCCGAGGAGCUCGACUAUGCUAUGGGCGAGGAUGCUAGCGACGACGAGAGUGACGAGCUCGAUGAUGUUGAGGACCCCCGCGUCACUGAGGUCGACUCCGAGGAGGAUGAAGCCCCCAAGCUGGUUGAGUCCAAGAAGGGCAAGAACAAGCGUGCCGCCGAGGAAGCUGAGGGUCUUGACGAGAUGAUUGCCAAGGCCUCCGAUUCUAAGAAACAGCAGAAGAAGCUCAAGAACAACAAGGGCGAGGCUGUUGCCGCUGAGGAGGGCAAGAAGGACAAGAAGGUUCAGUUUGCCAAGAACCUCGAGCAGGGCCCUACUGGCUCUGGUAAGCAGGCUGGCAAACCUGCCACUGGCGUCAAGGUUGUUCAGGGCGUUACCCUUGACGACCGCACCAUUGGAAAGGGCCGCACUGUCAAGAGCGGCGACACUGUUGGUGUCCGAUACAUUGGCAAGCUUGCCAACGGCCAGCAGUUUGACGCCAAUAAGAAGGGCAAGCCUUUCUCAUUCAAGGUUGGCAAAGGCCAGGUCAUCAAGGGCUGGGACGUCGGUGUUGUCGGUAUGGCCAUCGGUGGUGAGCGACGAUUGACUAUUCCUGCUCAUUUGGGAUACGGCUCUCGUGGCAUGCCCGGUAUUCCCGCCAACAGUCAAUUGACCUUCGAUGUCAAGCUCCUCGAGAUCAAAUAG